CUCGGCCAGCUGCACCCUCGUCGUCAUCGCCACCACCUUGUCGGCCCACGCUUUUUGAUUGACUUUUUCGUCUUCUUGCUCCUGUACGUUCAUGCUGUCCUCUUGAUCCCCAUACGCACGUGCCCGUCUCAGAUCUUUCCCCGCGGUACCUUUUGCCUUCGUUGUACUCUGUAUACUCAUAUCGUAAGCCCCCGCUCCCUUGCUUGUGCCUUUUUUGGCCGCAUGUACUUUGACUCGCCAUUCGAGUGCCGCCUUGGUGGAAGCUUCUAGUUCUAGUUCUCUAGCGCCUGCAACAAAGUCUUGUGGAGGGCCUUCGUCCACGUGGACAGCUUCCGUCGACUAGAACCUUUCGCACCAGUCCGGAAAUCUCACCCAUCCAUCAAACGGGAAAGCCUCUUUGGCCACUGUUCCACUUGUAGUACGCGCGACUCGUCGGAUAUGACUAUACGCAUUGGUGUCCGUGGAGCUUUCGGGCAGUCCACUAUCAAUCUGGCCGACGAGGCCACCGUGGCCGACCUGACUUCCAAAAUCCGUGAACUAUCUUCAUUAUCAGCUUUCACGCUGAAAGCAGGUUUUCCGCCGAAGCUUCUGGAUCUUGACAAGUUCGAUUCAUCCGUGAAACUCUCGGACACCGGCUUCAAUCUGAACGGCGAACGCGUUCAAGUCGAGGAGCGAAACAAAGAGCAAAAGACAAGCCCAUCAGUCCACGGAUAUACUAGUGCAUCCGCACCACCAACUUCUGUUGCGCGAAACUCUGAUGAACGAACAUCUGCUGCUAAGCUGGUGUCGCAGCCAGAACAGCCUCUCCCGUUGAAGAAAAAACCUAACAAAUUUGAAGAGGACCCGCCUGCUGUGGAGCUAUCCGAUGGCUCCUACCUCGUCCACCGUGUUAUGCCAGACGAUAACUCGUGUCUUUUUCGCGCGCUGGGCAAAUGCCUGCUCGGAAGCGAUGUGGAUGGUAUGGUCGAGCUGCGCUCCAUGGUUGCGCAGGGCGUCCAGGCAGACACGGACCGCUUCAAUGCGAUCGUACUUGAGAAGGAGCCGGACGACUACUGCCGAUGGAUUCAGAAUCCGAACUCGUGGGGCGGUGCAACGGAGAUCAUAAUUAUCGCCGAAACUUUCGGCAUUGAAGUGUGCGCCGUCAAUCUCGAAGAUUGUUCAAUUCAACGUUUCAACGAGGGUCAGGCUCAACGUGUGUUCCUUGUAUAUUCGGGCAUACAUUGGGAUGCGCUUGCCGCCAAUGCAAUGGGCAAGUGGGGACCACCAGAGAUCGAUGUGACACAGUUUGACGCACUCGAUAUUGAGAUUGAGCAAAAGGCUAUCGAAAUUGGCCGGCGGCUCAGUGAGGCAGGCUACUACACCAAUACUACGAGUUUCGCAAUCAAGUGCAAUAUAUGCGGCUGGGUUGGCAAGGGAGAGAAGGGUGCCAUUGCGCAUGCAAACAGCACCGGGCACCAAGACUUUGGAGAGGCGUAAUCCUUUUGCUGUCGCCUUGGACUCCCCAUUUGCCUGUAGUUUCUUGUCUUUUUAGGUUGACGAAGCGUACAUGUGCAUGUUCAACUGCAUGAAAUAUGUCAGAGCUGACGAGGGGGAAUGAGCAGGAUCGACGACCUCGUGAGAAUAUUGGAAGACGACCGCGCAUUUCUACAAACAUCAUGAUACCCUCAUAGACGCAUAGUUCUGGUGUAGUCUUCAACUGAAGUACAGAUAGUUCUGCACAUGUUUUUUUGUGCCAUGGCACCUUCUGAAUCAUCUCUCUUCAGGAUUUCGCGACAAAUUACGAGAAAAAUUUUAGACAUGAUGUGCCAAUGUAGCCAAACAAAG